UGCUUGGAGCACGUAUUAUUUUAUUUAACGCAAUGUUUGCUUAAUUUUUUUUUAAUUUUUAAUAAUGAGUAAACAGGAUAAAAGUGGGAGCUAUCUCUAUCUAUUGCGGCAAUGCUUCCUAACAGCGAGCGUGGCUAUCAACAUAAUAGGGCACGGCUGUGUCAUCGGUUUCUCCGCCAUUCUCAUCCCGAGCUUGCGCCGCCCUGAAUCUCAUAUCCAGGUCACGACCAGUGAAGAAUCAUGGAUAGCAUCCGUUAUAGGCUUCGCGUUAAUCAUGGGCAACUUCAUCAUCACACCUCUCAUGGAUACCCUGGGAAGGAAACGGUCACAUCUCCUCACUAUACUACCUGUUUUAUCCGGAUGGUUUCUGCUUCUCAUGGUGAACAGCGUGGCUGGUCUCAUUGCAGCAAGAUUUCUUCAAGGAGUAUCGAUGGGUAUGCUCGGACCUCUAGGGUCAAUAAUUAUUGGAGAAAUGACUGACCCUAAGAAUCGAGGAGCAUUUCUAACCAGUGUUUCGCUUUCGUUGACAAUUGGAGUAAUGUUCUCACAUGGUAUGGGCACUUACGUUAGCUGGGAACAGAAUGCUUUGAUAUGUUCCUUCAUCACUUUUACCAGCCUUUUGCUGAUAAUAUACAACCCUGAGUCUCCAUCCUGGUUGAUAUCUAAGGGAAAAUUUAAGGAGGGAGAGGAAGUUUUCUUUUGGCUAAGAGGAAGAGGACCGGACCAGGAAUCUGAAUUUGAAAAUAUGGUAGCUGCUCAAAGAAUGCAACGCAAGUCCAGCGUUAUUGACCAAGAACUGCCUUUGAGGGUUAAAACGAAGAGAUUCUUCGCUUAUUUAAGAUCGACGUCAAGAAAACCAGAAUUCUACAAACCUAUAAUCAUCAUGUUUUUAUUAUACACCAUGUUCCAAUUUGCUGGUAUCAACGUCAUCAGUUCUUACGCCAUGGACAUCAUUCACGAAGUCGUUGGGCCUGACGCGAACGCAAAGUUUUUAAUGGUUAUGUUAGACAUUGAAAGGCUUGUUUGUAAUAUACUAGCAGUAUUCCUUAUGAAAACUUUGAAGAGGAGAACUCUUUUGUUUACCAGUGGUGCAAUCUGUGUGUUUUCGUAUAUAGGGAAAAGCUGUUACGUUUAUGCAAAACAUAAUGACAUGUUGUCGUUUGAUAACCAAUGGAUACCAAUAGCGUUAAUCGGUCUGUACAUGUGUUCGCUAACCGUUGGUAUAUCAUCCAUACCGUUUGCGAUAUCAGGAGAAAUUUUCCCGUUAGAAUAUAGGGGAUUGGGUGGCGGGAUCAGCGUUUUAGCUUUAUCCCUUAACUUUUUCAUUGCGGUCAAGAGUUUCCCAGUUCUAAAUAGCGCUGUAGGACUGCCUUUGACGUAUUUGAUGUACGCUGGGGUUGUUGUAUGUUGCCUAUCUAUUAUAUACUUUAUGAUGCCGGAGACAAAGGACAGAACUCUCCAAGAGAUCGAAGACAGCUUCCGAGGGUUGUCACCAAAAGAUAAUAAGAGUGCAGAACCUUUAAACGGUUUGAAUAUUGGUGAAAUGCGCAGAUGCAGUUCGCAUAUAUUAUAUUAAUCAAAUAAAGACUGAUGGAGUGCAGUGAUUAGAGACUUUACUGUACAAUAAAGAUUAAUUUAUGUUAUCGUGCGUUUAUUUACCGUAGUAAAUAUUAAUCUCAGCAUAAUUUAUGGUAUUUAAAU